AUGGACGUUGGCCGUCGUUCAGCCAUGGCCAUCUACAACUUGACUACCGGCAACUUCCUUCUGGUUGUGUUGCAUUUCUUCGUGUACCUGUUCACCGCCAGUCCAAUGGAUCGCGAAGUGACUCUUUCAGCCGGCUCCGCGAUGCUUGGAGAGCUGAUGAUUGACUAUGACGGUCAUGUGCGGCCGAAUAACACCGGAGACCCCGUUACCGUCCUUGUCCGGAUCAAUAUGAUAGAUGCGCAUUGGAAGGCUGAUCAGCUAACGGUUACCUUCUUCCUGCGGAUGAAAUGGACCGAUAAGCGAUUGAAAUUCAAAGUAUUUCUUUAUAAUAAGCGUUUUGAUUAA